GUCGAAUGGUUCAUUACUGAGAGGAGGAGCAAGAAGAGGGAGCAGAGUUUAUAAAGUUAGAAUGCUGAAAGAAGAAACAGAGUGAGAGGCAGUGAGAGAGACAAAGAUAAGAGGCGACAAGAAUGGCAACACAUUGCACUGGUGGUACAUCUGGUACUGCAGCUGUUACUGCUGAGAUUCAGGCCAUUGUCCAGUCAUUGAAGACUGAGGUUGCUGAAAGGUUGAAAAGAUCUCUGCCGAUUUAUCACGCUAUCUCAUAUCGCUCACAAAUAGUAGCUGGAACAAAUUACUUCAUCAAGGUUGUGGUUGGGGAAGCUGACGAUUACAUACACAUGCGGGUGUUCCAGCCACUGCCUCAUUCUGAUCCGAAACUGUCUCUGGAAAACCUCCAAACGGGCAAGACACUGUUUGAUGAGAUUGAGUACUUCUAGGAGAGCCUCACAGCAUUGCUAUAUCUCCCUCUGCUCAUGCUUCAAUGCUGUCUGUAAAGAAAUUCCCUGCCUGUUCCCUGCCAUUUCAUCCAGACCACUGAACUCUGCCUGCCUCACAGAUGUCCCUUAUCCCAAACUGACCCGAGCAGUUUAAGAAGGCAGCUCACCACCACCUUCUCCAGGUCAGUCAGUAACCGGGGAAUAAAUGCUAGUUCUGCAUUUAAUGCCGAUGCAGGAUUAAUGGUUCAAACUCAACCAGCUGAUGCACCCUUCACACAAAACGCAUCCAGCUAGAAA